AUGGGUGGAUAUCUGUCCCAUCUUGAAGCCGAACCUCUUCCAAAUGUUCUCGACGCAUCAUGCGGUCCAAUAAAGGGAAAUUCAUACCGCCAUGUAAGCUACUAUUCUCAAAUAAAAAUCUCAAAAUCUUUUUUUCAGGGAGACAAAACUGUGAAUGGAUACCUUGGAAUCCCCUACGCACAACCUCCAAUCGGACCACUUCGUUUUUCGAAACCACUUCCAGCCGAUAUUUGGACGGAUACCAGAGAUUGUACUCAAUAUGGUCCAAGAUGUCCGCCAUCCGGAUUUGGCCAUGAAAAAGGACUUUUGGUCACACCAGAUGUGCCGGAUGAGGCAAACUGUUUGUCUCUGAAUGUUUUUAUUCCUGGAUGUGAAUCCGAAGAAUACAAAGACAAACGGCCAGUGAUGGUUUAUGUUCAUGGAGGCGGGUUCGAAGUUUCUUCUUCCAGAGAGUUUUGUGCUUAUUCGAUGUCAAGCACCCUCCCACUAAAAGAUGUGAUACUGGUCACCAUGAACUAUCGUCUCGGGAUUCUUGGGUUCUUCACGACUGGAGACGCUGUUUGUCCAGGAAACUGGGGGUUAUGGGACCAAACUCUGGCAUUGAAAUGGGUUAAAGAACACAUCGCAUCGUUUGGCGGUGAUCCAAAUAAUGUGACUCUUUUCGGACAGAGUGCUGGAGGUGCUUGUGUUGAUCUUCUAACGCUGAGUCCACAUUCGAGAGAUUUAUUCCAAAAGAUUGUUCCAAUGUCUGGAUCAGCAUUGUGCGAGUUUGCAAUGCGGCCUGCGAAAAAUCAAGCAGGCGUGUUUGAUGAUAUGCUGCCAAGACUUGGAUUCACUGGAUCAGGAUCGAAAGAAAAACUAGAGUUCAUGAGAAGCCUUUCAUGGGAAAAGCUGACUGGAAAAACUGGUUUCACAUACAAGCAAUCUGGGUGGAUGAGCAUGACACCUAAUUACGACGGAGAUUUCUUCCCAAAACCUUUGGAUGAACUCAGAAAAGAUGCAUCCAAGAGGAUAAUGAUGACGGGAAUAGCUGGAAACGAAGGAAUACUUUUUGCAUUCACCCAACUAUCAGAACCCCACAGCAACUACUCAGAACUUCUCAAAAACUGGAUCGCUUUAGACUAUAAAGAAGACAAUAUGGACAACUUGGAAAGUGUUAGGAAGGAAAUUUUUGAAUACUACACUAAAAAUAUUCCAAAGGAUGAAGAUACUAUGAUGCGAAGAACUGCAGAGUAUGUGGGUGAUUCUCUAUUCCAUACGGGUCAGCUGGCAACAGCUGAAAGCGCAGCAAAGUAUGGAGAUGAUGUAUGGUUCUACAAAUUUGAUUUUUGUAAUCCAAAUGGUUUUGGUGCUGUGAAAGAUGCUCUACCGUAUGUUGCCCCAACUCAUGGAAUCGAACUUCGCUAUCUGUUCGGAGAUGGUAUCUUCAGCAAAUUCGAACCAACUGAAGAGGAAUUGAAAAUGUUGGAUAGAUUUACAACCAUGUUUGCAAACUUUGCCAAAUACGGAAAUCCAAAUGAAACCGGUUCAUCAAAAUGGGAAAAAUAUGAUCCAAGUCGUCCUGGAAGACAUUUCCGGAUCAGCUAUCCAGACUGCGAAAUGGUCGACGAGUACUGUGGAGGAAAUUGGAAGUUUUUGGAAGAGAUCAGAAAGAAGAAUAAGUGCUUCCAAGCAAAUGUGUAUGGAAAGAAGAUUUAA